AUGUUAGUGGAUCGAGAGGGGUUGUGGUUUCGUGUGUUGGCAGCUCGUUAUGGGGUGGAGCGAGGGAGAUUGAGAGAUGGAGGGCGACGAGGGUCUUUGUGGUGGAGAGAGAUAGUGAGCAUUCGGGAUGGAGUUGGAGAGUCAGGGGGAGGUUGGUUUAGGGAGAAUGUGGUUAGGAAGACCAAAUUGCGUACGGUGGCCGAGAUGUUCGCGUUAGGGUGGGGGAUGGAUGGGGCGGCUUGGGUUUGGCGGAGGCAUUUGAGGGCGUGGGAGGAGGACAUGUUGAGGGAGUGUCAGUUUUUACUUGCUAACAUCUCUUUACAGGCACAACACUCAGAUAGGUGGCAGUGGCAGCCAGAUCCUGACACAGGUUAUACUGUCCGAGGAGUUUACCAGCUUUUGACUACUCGUGAUUCGGUUACUAUGGAUGAAGCAACUCAUCUUAUUUGGCAUCCUCAGAUUCCGUUGAAGGUAUCCAUCUUUGCGUGGCGUCUACUUCGGGACAGGUUACCUACAAAGACAAACCUGGUUAUUCGAGGCAUCAUAUCUUCUUCAGCACAGGUGUGCGUAGCUGGUUGUGGGGAGGCAGAGUCGGCUCAUCAUUUAUUCAUCUCUUGUAGUUUCUUUGGUUCUCUUUGGGCUUUGGUAGGCACGUGGAUUGACAUUUCUAUGACGGACUCCAGUACUAUCCGGGAACACUUUGUUCAUUUCACAUCAUCAUUGGGUGGUUCUCGGGCUCGCCGGUCUUUUUUGCAGCUUAUUUGGCUUGUCAGUGUAUGGGUCAUAUGGACAGAAAGAAAUCAUAGAUUGUUCAGAGGCUCAACUAGCACUUCUAUUCAGUUAUUGGACAAGAUCAAGUUAUUUUCGUUUAGGUGGUUGAAGUCAAAGAAUCUCAUCUAG